AGCACGAGUCGUGACUUGUUAUACAUACGGAGACCAGAUUAUCCACGUGAGUACGUAACUGCACAUGACUUCCAGUUCAUGCUGCUCGGAUAUAUUUCCGAGCGGGAUUUUGUAUCAAGUAGAUGCCAAGUUUGAUACACCUGUUCCUCACAAUGGCAGCAAGGUUUUUGAAGUAAUACGGUGACCAGCGGGACUGUUGAAAUGGCUUCAACCAAUUAAUCAACGGGAUUUUUGGAAACGGGACACUCCGUUACAUUUUCUGUCUUCGAAGGGAUACUAGCUAUAUAACAAUCAAUAGUCUCAGAACGGAAUACCAUUGACCGGGAUAUAACUCUGAACGAAAUUCUUUAUGAGAAUUCUGUCCGGCUGAUAAUUCUUCUGAGGAAUUCUGCCUUUUGGCUAUUGCUGGAGUUUCAAGUGAUUUUCUACUGCAAACUUUUUUCUUUACAUCGGUUCUUUCAAUUGACAUACGGCAAAUGGAGAUAGUUGAUGUCACUACACAUAAGUUGACCUGGGGUGAUUUAUCAUAUUGUAACUCUAACCAGCAAGGCACUGACUUGAAAGUUGUUGAUCCUGUAAAAUCAGAAUACAGUAAUAUGCAAGGUAUCAAUCCAUCAUCGCCAAUGAUAAGAUUAAAUUCAAAGUCAUGGAAUCAUUCGAAUGGCCACAUUACAUCAAGCAGAUGGAAUCAUAAAGGAGUUGGUGCAACUGGUAGAACUCCAAAGCAGCUUUCACUGGCUUACUUUAUUGCUCGAACGAGACUUGUGCAAAAGUUUGUUACUAUUAGCUUUGCUUGUUAUGUUUUGUAUCUGACAUACUAUUCAAUUGUUGCAUCUCCUCAACUUGCUACCACAUUCUCAGAGCACCAAGUGUCAUUGUCUACGCCUCACCUUCUAAAUCAAACCAAUUAUGAGUUUGGUAAUGUGAAGGCAUCGACAGAUCAUUUGAUGUUGGGAACUUCUCCAGUGGAAGCUUUGCAAGAAUCAUACACCAGGAAUCUUUAUGCGCUGACACGCUUACACUGGCCAUCUUUUCUUCACCUUUAUAAUAAGACAACAAAUGGACGGUAUAUCAAUGUCCUUCCUCCAAUCUUUGUUCAAGCCACUUCUAAUAGAAAUCGGGAUUCUGCCACUGAAACACAAAUGCAUGAUGAAGGCUGGAUUAGCAGUGGACCAUUUGCCAGUUUUCUUGAUUUCCUAAUCUUUCUAUCUGGCGAUCCCGAAAUGUCUACUCACCAAAAAACUGUUGCUUUUGUCAUUAUCUUUAUUCUGUUUCUUGCAAUUGCUGUGUGGUACAUUAUACAGCUGUACUGGUGUGUCAAAGAGAAGACAUUACUUUCUGAAGAGAGCCGACAUUCUCAAGUCUUUCCUCACUUGAGACCAGUGACUCUAAAACAACACAAACAGGAAGUGGAAUGUAUUGCUCUGGACAACUCCCUUGCUGCCAGCUCUUGCCUUGGUGGAGAGAUUCGAGUGUGGAAUUUGACUAGUGGCUGUUGUGUGCAAAAGUUUUGUCGUUUGUCUCAUUGUCACAACAACAAAACUGAUAAUGUAUUGCCUACAUUUGGAAAGUGUCAAGAAAAUGAUGGGCUGAAGCGAAGGAGCACUGUGUCACUACAGAAAAGUUUGCAUAUCAAAGCAUCUGAUACUGCACAAGGAAUACAGGGUUUUGGUGUACAUGGUUCAAAUGGUCAGCUGUAUGCAACCACUUCUCACAAUCACUUUCCAGAGGUGCCUUGGUCAUUGGCAAUUAGAAACAAGAUGUUAGCAGUCGGGUAUGGUGAUGGUGUUAUUGAGCUCUACAAUGUGGUUACAAGAAGUCAGUGUACGAUUGGUGACAAUAGUUCAGGUGCUUUGCGUUGUUGCUUUGCUGAUUCAUCUGCUAGCAGGCUAGUUAUUGGCCGGUUGAAUGGAUGCAUUGGCAUGUAUUGUAUUCAACAAGCUGCUAGCGGUGUCAUACGUUGGAGAUGUGUUUCUACUGUUCAAGCUCACCAUGAACCAGUUAGCCAUUUGAAGUGUGGAGAAGGAUAUGUUAUAUCUGGCAGUGCUGACCAUCUGGUGAAGGUAUUCAAUGUAGACAGCUUCUCACUCACAGCAAUUCUUAUUGGCCAUACAAGUGACAUUACAUCUCUCUGUCUCAGUGAAAGGUUGGUUGUCAGUGGUUCAGCUGACUGCACUGUAAGGUUGUGGCAACUCUCUCAAGGAAAAUCUCUUUGGAUUGCUAAUGGCCACAAGACAGCAAUUCAGUGUGUUGAUUGUAAUCAUAAUGUGGUGCUGAGUGCUGCAGCUGAUGGUGAAGUGCGUGUGUGGGAUGUCAUUACUGGACACUUAUGUCGUCUCAUACAACAAGCUUGUGAGGGUUGUUUGGCUUCAAGUUUAUUGCAUGGCAACGUUGUGGUCUGUGGCAGCAAGGGUUGUUUAAUAAUUUAUGAUUCUGUGAGUGGAAACUUACUGAAGUCAUUCAAACUCACAGACACAGACAGUGAUGACAUAGAAUCAAUUGUUCAACACAUUUUACCUACUUCUGAUCGGUCUGGGAUUCUGUGCAGUUAUGGCCAACAACUAAAACUGGUAAACCUCCCUGUUCUCAGCAAUCCGUCAUAGACUGGGUAUUAAAAAGCAGUCCAUGUACUCAACAGCAGUCUAUGCAGUGGCCUGUUGUCAGGCUGGAAUUGAAAUUUUGUGCAUUUAUGAAAUGCGUUGUUUUUUCCUCUUGUAGUUGUGGCUGACAAGAAUUCUUAUGUGGCUCUGAUAUGCAUGAGAACAUAUUGUUUGGUAGUUUUGAAAUUUAUAUGUAGACUUGAUGUACAUGAUUUUAGCAUUCUGGAUUAUGCAUAUAGGAAUGAA